AGUCGGAUUUAUGCGCUGCGAGAGGGUUUGGGACGGGCGGCUGGAGCGGCGGGCGGCGCCGGCUGGAGCAGCAUGGGUGUGAUAGGUGUACAGUUGGUGGUUACCAUGGUAAUGGCUAGUGUCAUACAGAAGAUCAUACCUCACUAUUCUCUUGCUCGUUGGCUUCUCUGUAGCGGCAGUUUACGAUGGUAUCAACAUCCUACUGAAGAAGAACUACGGAUUCUGGCGGGGAAACAAAGAGGGAAAAGCAAGAAAGAUAGCAGAAAGAAAAUGGGGAACGAUGAGAUAGAUGUUCAUCAGCUUCAGCUGGAAACAAGAUUCUCACAUACAAUCAUGAAGGUCUCCAACAGACUUUCCAGAAGUAGAACUGCCCAAGAGCCAAGAGUGAUGAUGAGAAAAUAUAAUGGUCACAUUGAAAACAAGCCUUUAACCAUUCCAAAAGAUAUUGAUCUUCAUCUGGAAACGAAGUCUGUGACUGAAAGGGACACUAUUGCAUUACAUUACUUUCCUGAAUAUCAGUGGUUGGUGGAUUUCACUGUUGCAGCUACAGUUGUGUAUGUGGUGACUGAAGCGUAUUACAGCAUUGUGAAGCCCUCACAAGAAAUGAAUAUCAGUGUAGUGUGGUGUCUACUUGUCUUGGCUUUUGCAGUUAAGGUACUAUUUUCAUUGACCACUCAUUAUUUCAAAGUAGAGGAAGGAGGUGAAAGAUCAGUCUGUGUCACAUUUGGCUUUUUCUUCUUUGUGAAAGCAAUGGCAAUUUUGAUUGUGACAGAAAACUAUCUAGAGUUUGGACUGGAAUCAGGAUUCUCAAAUUUCUCAGAAAGUGCUAUGCAGUUCCUUGAAAAGCAGGGUUUGGAAUCCCAGGGUCCUGUGUCUAAACUAACCUUCAAAUUGUUCCUGGCUGUUUUGUGUUCACUUAUUGGUGCUUUUUUGACAUUCCCUGGCUUGCGACUGGCUCAAAUGCAUCUGGAUGCUCUGAAUUUAGCAACAGAAAAAAUAACACAAACACUGCUGCAUAUAAACUUCUUGGCACCUUUAUUUAUGGUUCUUCUAUGGGUAAAACCAAUCACUAAGGACUACAUUAUGAACCCACCUUUGGGCAAAGAGAGCAUACCUUUAAUGUCAGAAGACACAUUUGACACCAUGAGAUUGUGGAUUAUAAUCCUGCUGUGUGCUUUACGAUUGGCUAUGAUGCGCAGUCACUUGCAGGCCUAUCUGAAUUUAGCUCAGAAAAGUGUGGAUCAAAUGAAAAAGGAAGCUGGCAGAAUAAGCACAGUGGAUUUACAAAAAAUGGUGGCUCGAGUCUUCUAUUACCUUUGUGUAAUUGCACUGCAGUAUGUUGCACCAUUGGUAAUGCUUCUUCACACGACUCUGCUUUUGAAAACACUAGGUAAUUAUUCUUGGGGCAUCUACCCAGAACUGAGUUCUAACACUCCAGUAGAAAACAGUUUGCUUCAUAAUUCAGCUUAUUCUGAAUCUGUACCUGCUGAUGGAAAGAUGAAAGUAACCGUAGUACAAAUAACAAUGGCUUUGGGAAGCCUAAAGAAUAUUUUCACUCCUCUCCUGUUUCGGGGACUCCUGUCGUUCCUUACCUGGUGGGUUGCUGCUUGCCUCUUUUCUACAAGCCUUUUUGGGCUUUUCUAUCACCAGUACCUGACUGUAGCAUGAACAGAUCAACUGAUAAGUAUGAAGUCAAAUUCCAGAUACAAACCCAGGUACCCAAGAGGAGGUGAAGAAAAAAAGAAGAAAGAUAUUUAUGAAGAGAAAACAUAUCAUAUUUUUUAAAAUCUUCCUCUGUGUUCUCAGGGUGAAUAUUCUUCAAAUGCUUAAAAUCACAACUGGGUUUGUUAGUUUUGUUACCCAAAUGGUAGGUAACUUAUUCAAUUCUAGUGGUAAGACUGAUAUUAUUAUGUGGCAAGCAUUGGUGUGCAUGUUUAAAUGUUACAACUUCAGAGUAUCUUGGUUUCCAUAAAGAGGAAGUUGCCUUCAACACUUAAAGAAUCAGCAGUCAGUAACUGAACUGUGUGAGUAGGUUCUGGUCAUGCUGAUGGUGGCUACUUGCUGAGUAUAAUAUUGAAACUGAGCCAUACAAUGGACAGAAAAAGGGGAUUUUAAAAAGUUCUGUUGGAUAUUUUUUGAUCACUUUUCAGCAUGAAAAAUGAAAUAAUCCAACAGGACAAAAGCAAUGCUGUAUAUUACAGUAAGGAAAGUUGUAUAAAAUUUCAAUUUAACAUAAGAAAAAUGUAUGGACCUGGCAGGUAUUGCUGCCUAAAUAUUAUGCAGGAAUGCUUGCACAGUGAAAGGAGAGUUAUAGAAAAAUAAAUAAAUAAAUAAAUAACUUCAGUCCCUAAGUCAUUUUGAAGUAAUGGCCAUUUGUAUUGGUGCUAAUUUUGAUCCACAGAUUCCAUUCGGAUCUUUUAAAAUUUUUCUUUUUAGAUAAUAGAUAAAAUUCCAUUGAAUUCACAAAAUAGUAUAAUUAGACUAGUGAUUCCAAUUAAACAUUUCAAAACAAUACAGUUUAAUCCUGCUGACUGAGAGUGUAUGUAUCUGUGAUGUACAUAUAUAUAUAUAUAUAUAUAUUAUAUAUGAAAUAUAUAAUAUAUAUGGAGUUAUAAAGUAUGGAAUCUUUAUUUUAAAUUACUGAAUGUAUAUUACAGGGACAUGGGAGAGGGAUAUAUAUGUAUCUAGUAAUUUCAAGAACCCAUUUGAAAUGAAAAUUAAAUUUUUUUGAAAGUUCAA